UAGCCCAUACGGGGCAUGUCUAUAAAUACCGAGAGCUACACACAGCCUCUUCACCAUUCAGCAACAACGCACCUUCGCACUUUACCAAAAAAAGAACGCAUCAUCGCAUCGCACUUCGAGCUUUUCCAAAUCCAACUUGUCAUAAAGAUGAAAAGUUUCUUUGCGCUCCUAGCCUUCUCUUCACUUCUUCUGUUGUCAAGUACCAUCACAGCAAGAAAAGAGCCUGCUGAAUAUGUGAAGACUGUUGUGGAGCAAGUAGUUAAAGAUCUUUCUGUAGAUCCAUCAUCCGCUGUCCCUUUUUACCGCAGUAACAAAAAUGGCCAAUCUGUUGACCCAUCAUCUGCUGUCCCCUUUUACCAUGAAAAUAAAAAUGACCUUUCUGUAGAUCCAUCAUCUGCUGUCCCUUUUUACCGUGGUAACCAAAAUGACCAAUCUGUUGACCCAUCAUCCGCUGUUCCCUUUUACCAUGGAAACAAAAAUGGCCUUUCGGUAGAUCCAUCAUCCGCUGUCCCCUUUUACCGUGGUAACCAAAAUGGCCAAUUUGUUGAUCCAUCAUCAGCUGUUCCCUUUUAUCACGGAAACAAAAAUAGCCUUUCUGUAGAUCCAUCAUCCGCUGUCCCCUUUUACCGCAGUAACCAAAAUGGCCAAUCUAUUGACCCAUCAUCCGCUGUCCCCUUUUACCAUAGAAACAAAAAUGGCCUUUCUGUAGAUCCAUCAUCCGCUCUCCCCUUUUACCGUGGUAACCAAAAUGGCCAAUCUGUUGACCCAUCAUCCGCUGUCCCCUUUUACCAUGGAAACAAAAAUGGCCUUUCUGUAGAUCCAUCAUCCGUUCUCCCCUUUUACCGUGGUAACCAAAAUGGCCAAUCUGUUGACCCAUCAUCCGCUGUCCCCUUUUACCAUGGAAACAAAAAUGGCCUUUCUGUAGAUCCAUCAUCCGUUCUCCCCUUUUACCGUGGUAACCAAAAUGGCCAAUCUGUUGACCCAUCAUCCGCUGUCCCCUUUUACCAUGGAAACAAAAAUGGCCUUUCUGUAGAUCCAUCAUCCGUUCUCCCCUUUUACCGUGGUAACCAAAAUGGCCAAUCUGUUGACCCAUCGUCCGCUGUCCCCUUUUACCAUGGAAACAAAAAUGGCCUUUCUGUAGAUCCAUCAUCCGCUGUCCCCUUUUAUCGUGGUAACCAAAAUGGCCAAUCUGUUGACCCAUCAUCCGCUGUCCCCUUUUACCAUGGAAACAAAAAUGGCCUUUCUGUAGAUCCAUCAUCCGCUGUCCCCUUUUAUCGUGGUAAUCAAAAUGGCCAAUCUGUUGACCCAUCAUCUGCUGUCCCUUUUUACCAUGGAAACAAAAAUGGCUUUUUUGUUGAUCCAUCAUCCGCUGUCCCUUUUUACCAUGGUAACCAAAAUGGUCAAUCUGUUGACCCAUCAUCCGCUGUCCCCUUUUACCAUGGAAACAAAAAUGGCUUUUUUGUUGACCCAUCAUCUGCUGUCCCUUUUUACCAUGGUAACCAAAAUGGUCAAUCUGUUGACCCAUCAUCCGCUGUCCCCUUUUACCACGGAAAUAAAAAUGGCUUUUUUGUUGAUCCAUCAUCUGCUGUCCCUUUUUACUACAGAAACAAAAAUGGCCUUUAUAUAGAUCCAUCAUCCGCUGUCCCUUUUUACCAUAGUAACCAAAACAAUCAAUCUGUUGAUCCAUCAUCUGCUGUCCCUUUUUACCGUGGUAACCAAAAUGGUGACCAAAACUCUAAAGCCAAUGAAGAAGGUGCCACCAAAAAUCUUCCACUGACCAAUGAAAUGUAGAAGCAGAUGAUAAGGAAAAUCAAACUUCAAUAAAAAAUCCUAUCAAGAGGAUCUUUAUUGUUAUAAUAAAAAAAAAGGGAUUGUACUUUGAAGUUUGUAAAUGCCGGUAUAUGGCAAAUUGUAUUAGUACCUUGAAUGAUGUAUGUUCUAUGUAUGCUAUUUUCUAGUUAAAUAACCUUGUAUGGCUUCUUUUA